AACCCAUUAAAAAAGGAUAUUUUUUCUUUCCUUCAAUUACCAUAAAUACGCGCUCUUUUUCAGAAAUUAUCGACCGAAUCCGAUCGGAUUCGAAAAAAAAUUUCAUCUUGCAAAGCUUAUCGAUCGGAAUUACAGUCUCCCAUGGCAAUUGUUAGUUUUAAGCUGCUGCAUUAGUAGAUAGUUGCUGAAGGGAUUGGUUGAUGAAGGGAACAGAGCAAGGGUUAUGGGCGGUUUGUGCAGCUGUUUUCAUUCUUCGGAUGAUGAGGAACAAGAACGUGCAGGAUCUGCGGAAUUUAUGUCUGGAAACGGAACAUCCUCUCAUUGCUUUCAGUUUUUGAUGGCGUACAAUAUUCUUUUCCAAAGAGGGCAUGUUCGUCCUGUUUCUUCAUCCCAUCAGGGAAGAGCAGUUGUGGUUCCUUCUCCUUCUGAUGACAAUUCAAUAUCUGAUACAUUUCGCCCUCCUCCCCGUCCUUUACCAUAUGACGAUCCCCAAUCUCAAACAACUCCAUCAAUGCUAGGUAAGCUCUCAUUCCCUUGCCAUGAACCAUCUGAAUUUGGGAGAAGCAGUGAUGCUGAUGGUGCUACGGAAGAGUUAAAAAAACCAGUCUUUGAUGGGGAUUCAAAGAAAAUCCUCUCUGAUUCUUCGGUGGAGCAGCCAUCAAAGCAAACAAAAACUGGUUUUGCUUAUGUUUUCCAUCAGGUUGAAGAUGAAGAUGUCUGCCCUACCUGCCUUGAAGAUUUCAAUUGGAAAGCAGUUACUGUUGCUUUCUGAAAAUGGAAGCAUUUUAUGUCCUUCCUUGAUUGGAUGACGACCACAACACUCCACAAGGUAGGUGGAAGAAUGUCCCACAUGGUUAUCUCCUGGCUGGCCUCCUGGUGCACUUGAAAGGAAGCUGGAAAUUCAUACAGGCUACUUCCCAAAUUUUCCAAACACAAAUAGGUAGAGGACCAUUCAAGAAACAGGAAUUAUAAAAUAUUUUGACUAGUUGGAGAACAGAAAACCUGACAUAGAUGGUGUUCUUGAAUCAAGAUGAUGAUAAUCUGCUCCAAUUGAUUCAUAGCAAUCUGGUUCUCAGUUUCACUUGGCAACAACCAUUGGCAAUUCUCCAAUUCUCACAAAUUGUUUCUCUAUUUACCUUCCUUAGACUGGAUUUGGCUGGAAAUCUGAACAAAUUCCUGCCGUUUCUUGCUGAUUGUACAGUUGGAAAUCCAGCGGUUGCCUGCAAGAAACAAAGAGCAUAAACAUCAGUAAGUAUUUGAUUUUUUUUUUUUUAAACAAGAAUUGAAAACAGAAAACCUGAGAAGAAUAGGUUCUUGAUGAGAAAACUGCAGCCCUUCAAAGGCUCUUCAGGAUUUCCCUGAUUGAAUCAUGUCCAAUCCCAUGGAGUCAUAGAAAGUGCUGCUACGACCUGCUUCCCGGUUUGGAAACUGCUUGAUGGACGCAUGGCAACCCUAAAAACGGAAAUGGCUGGAGAAAGUAGGUCUGUUUCCUGAUCCUAGUGGCCUCUAGGUAAAACCCAUCUCCACAAAAUCUUGGACUCCGUGUGAUUUACCUUAUCUUCCGCCUCACCAAGUUUUGGCAAAUCCACCCCAAAAGGAAAUAAUUCCCAAGUCUCUGGAGUCUGGAUAAAAUCUGAAAUAUCUCUCUUAAGAAGUUCCUCCCCCUAACGUAGAGAUACUAUUUUGUGCAAAGUCCAGACCCGAAGAAACUUUCGGUUGUGUGAUUGUGAACAAUAAAACUGUAGUUACUACUGUUCACCACUCUGCUUUUACUGUUCACAAUCACAAAAUCAAACGGCUCUCUAGGUCUGGACUUUGCACAUAAUAAUCUCUCCCUAACGUAAGGCUUGGAUAUUUGUUGGAAAACACCUAUCAACUUCUAUGCCACCUAAUUACUAAACUAGCCCUCCUAAGAAAAUAAGAGACAAAAGCCUCCUAAAUAAUUUUUAUUAAUAGAAAUGACCCUCCUAUCUCUAACUAUGUCAUGCCUACUAGAGGUGGUUGUUUAAAUCUAUCCCCUGGUAAAGAAAUUUUUCACUUGUACGAUUAGUGCAGUCAACUUGUAGCUGUUCUUUUUUAAAUAGUAACUUGAACUAGUAUUUUAUUUUUCUAUUUAUUUAUUUAGUUUAUAAUUAUUUCAUAAAGUCCAUCUCAUAUUAUCAUAUCUAUAAAAAUGUUUAAAUCUUAAUAAUACAUUAUGGAGGAUUAAUAGUGGAUACCUCUUAUGAAAUGAUGGUAGGAGCAGCUUUACUUUAUUGUGACAAUGAAGACAUACUUUAGUUACUUUGAUGGAGCAAUGACUUGCAGCACAAAUAAUUGUGUCGUCAUUAAAGAUUUGGCCACAGUAAGGUCAUGUGAAGGUUUUGCUUGAACUUGUCCUUUUUUUUUUAUAUGUUAUAGACAUGUUUAUAAAAGAUAUUCAAGAAGUAAAUUAGAAUUUAGAAUGAUAGAGAACUUUUUGAGGAGAAGGGGCUUAGGAUUAGUGGAAUAAUGAUUGAGUAUAUGAUAUGCAACUUCAGUAGAUGGGAAAUCAAUAUUUAUUAAUUAAGAAUGUUAGAAGAAAAAUUGAUUUUUAUGUGUGUUAAAUUUAAGUUUAUUGAAUUUAUUAUAGAAAAGAAUAGGAAAAUAGUUGAGGACAUAAUUUUUUAAGUUAAAAUUGAGUGGUAAAAUAUAGUAGUAUCUUGGAAGUGUACGUAAAAAGUGAAUAUCAUGGAAACUUAAAGAUAAAUUUUAUAAAAUUAUAAUUAUAGUGCUUAUAUAUUCAAAUUGUUUGGAUAAGUUUAAUUAUAACAUUACAUCGAAGGAAAUAAUGAGGGUAGAUAGAAUAAUGUGAGAAAGGAAUAAGAGAGAAAAGAGGGAUAGAUUAAAGUAACAUUCUAGAAUUUGUGCCUAAAGACCGGCAUAAAUUAGAGCUGAUAUUUCAUAUAGACCUAACUAGAAAUAAUUGAGAAGAAGCAUUCAUUCUCAAAUAGUUGGGAAAAUGUUACAAUGAUGGUCCUUAUUGUUCUUUAUCCUAAGAUAUAUGUUGUAUACAUCUUGGGUGUUCUAUUUUAUUCUUAUUUUUCUCAUUUUAGUAAUUUGCUUUAUGGACUCUUCGAUCUCUGUCCAUUUACUAAGAAAGCUUGAAUUGUUACCUUAACAACUUCCUUUUGAAUGAUCAAUUCCCUAGUAAAAUGAUUGCUUGUAGGCUUCAGAGAUUAAUGGAGAAAAGUGCAUAUAACUCAGUCAAGGGAUUUGAGUUGGCAAAGAAAAAAGUUUAAUGGAGACCGGUCAUUUUUAUCUUUCUUGUGAAGCAGAUUUUUUUUCUAUUUUUCUCUAAGUUAUGAAAUAGCUCAAAUGUUUGAUGAAAUAGGCAAGUGUUCCUUUUGUUUUAUUAUAAUAUAAUGUGGCUAUUCUUUCUGGUAUUUAUUGUCCUUUCAUGAUUUUGCUUGCUUGAUAUCAUAUGCAUU